AGCUAUUGUCUCAAGCCGAUCAGUGCUGCUUGCUUGAUCGAAGCGAGUGUUGCCGUCAUGCUGGCAGCCUACCGUGCCGUUCGACCCAGCCUGCUCCGCCAGGGUGCUCUGGCACGCUUCUCUGGCGGUAUCAGAAUCCUGGAGGAAGCACACAAGGCGCAGGAGAAUUUGUACAUGCACCAGGAGGAUGAGAAGCUGCUGGCCAAGAUGAUCGCAAAUCAUCCUGAAUUGAGCCCAGAGUACCAGGGCAUUAAGGGAAUCAUGAUGGAUGACUCGCAGAAGGUUGAGGACAAGGUAAAGAUGAUCUUCAUGAAGCAUGGCAUCCCUCCGGUGAACAAGGCACUCAUCCAGGAUAUUGUGGCACUGGUGGACACAGCCAAGUGAGACAUGCCCGACCGAGUCUCAAGCGGCGGAUUAGGACAGUCAGACCAGACGUGGGGGGGGGGGGGGAAAUAGCAGUGCUGCCUGCUCCAAUGAAUGUUUCGCCUGUUGCAGGCCCGUGC